AUUCAAUUUUUUUUUGAACCCUCGCUCACUCACUCACACACACUUUCUCAUUUUUCACUUUACCAAAUUUCAAAACGACUAGUCGUUUCGUUUCGUUUUCGUUUCACUUUUAGUUUCAACUUUCAACAAUGUCGCAACUGAACGGCGCAUAUUACGGCCCUUCCAUCCCUCCGCCGCAACCCAAACGUUACCAUCGUGGCGAUGGCGGCGGCAGCAACUGCUGCUGCUGCUGCGGAAUCUUCCGCUGCUGCUGCGGCUGCAUUUUCGACUGCAUCUUCGGCCUCAUCUGCAAGAUCUUAACCACACUUCUCAUCUUGCUCAUCAUCGUAGCCGUUCUUCUCUACUUCAUCGUACGGCCAAAUCUCGUCAAGUUCCACGUCAGCAACGCCGUCCUCACUCAGUUCAAUUUCUCCUCCGACGCCGCCGCCACCAACAACAACACGCUCCACUAUAACCUCAUGCUAAACUUCACGAUCCGAAACCCUAACAAGCGCGUGGGAAUCUACUACGACUACAUCGAGGCGCGUGGAUUCUACCACGACGUCGGCUUCGGUAACGUCACUAUGCAACCGUUUUUUCAGGGAACGAAGAACACGACGGUGGUUGCGACGACGCUCAAGGGUGAGAAUGAGGUGGUUUUGGGAUCGGAUAAAGGAUCCAAGGUGGAGGAAGAACGAGGAUCUGGUGUUUAUGGCAUUGAUUUGAAGGUGUUCAUGAAAGUGAGGUUUAAGUUUUGGUUUAUGAAAACUGGGAAGGUGAAACCCAAGGCUAUUUGCGUGUUGAAGGUUCCGUUGAUGACGAGAUCGAAGAAUGGAACUUUUACGGCGGAGCACGGCGGCGCGUUUCAAGAUACCGCGUGUGACUGGGGUUACCGGUGGUUGUGGUUUCAUCAUUAGAGAAUUAUUUUAGACCCGACCCGAAUAAUUUUAUUAUUGUUAUCA